ACACCGGCCGUUCUGCCGUUGCGACUAGCCGAUUUGAAUAAAUUUCAGUUCUUGUGUGCCGCUCCGGUCCGACGAUUCGGCGAUCUGCAGGCCGAUCCGAGGAUGGAUCCCGAGUUCGAAUUGAAUGUGACUGGCCAAAUGACCGAUGCCAAUCAGACGCUUGACAAGUUCUAUUUUUAUGGUUCGUACCAGUUUCCAGUUCUAUGUCUGUUGUUCGUUAUGACCGUGGUUGGUAAUUUGUUGCUCAUGUACACAUUAAUCAAGGGGAAGCACAGGAAGAGCCGCAUGAACUUUUUCAUCAUCAAUUUGGCAUUCGCAGAUUUUACUGUUGGACUAAUAAAUAUACCGACUGAUGUAAUAUGGAAGAUAACAAUAGGUUGGUAUGCGGGCAAUAUUGCAUGCAAGAUUAUUAAAUUUUUGCAGGUUCUUGUGAUUUAUGCAUCAACCUAUGUUCUAGUAGCUUUGAGUAUCGAUAGAUACAAUGCGAUUAGACAUCCCAUGAAGUUCUCUCAAAGUUGGAAGAGGGCAAAGUGUUUGAUAAUUUCAGCAUGGAUUUCCAGCGCUUUUUUGUCUUCUCCUAUGCUGUACAUUUUUAAAGAGCGAGACAUUCAAGGUCGAAUGCAAUGUUGGAUGAUUGAUAUGGACAUAAUAUACUUGAAAAUUUAUGUAACUUUAGCAUGUCUGACAGUUUUAAUUAUACCAACAGGAAUAAUAAGCACUUGUUACGCUAUAAUAAUAAUUACUAUUUGGACUAAAAGUAACGAAGUCGCCUUCCACCAUGCCAAAAAAUCUUCGUCCAACGGAAGACUUGGUUCUGACAAUUCCAAAAGGGCAAGUUCUCGUGGUCUAUUUCCGAGAGCAAAAAUAAAAACCAUUAAAAUAUCAUUCAUCAUGGUUAGUGCUUUUAUCAUCUGUUGGAGUCCGUACAUGAUUUUCGAUUUGCUUCAAGUUUACGGACACAUUCAGGAAUCGCAAACAACGAUGGCGAUCGCCACUUUCGUGCAAAGCUUGGCGUUCUUAAACUCGGCCGCCAAUCCCAUAAUUUACUGUCUGCUUUCCACCCAAACCUGUCGAACUUUAUGGUCCUUGCCGCCAUUUAAAUGGAUAUGCAAGAAGAAAAAGAAGCGGCACUUGGACUAUUCCGGUACCACUCAAAGCAGCAGUUUGUCUGAAUUUUUGUCUAACAACUCGACUGUUAAGAGGCGCACCGAGAAAAUAUGUUUAACCAAUACCCAUUCAGUAUUACUGCAUUAAAUAAAUACCAAAAAUUUGAUGUUUAUCAUCCCCCUAACGAUAAGUAUUUAUUACUGUAUUUAUUUUAUAUGUAAGCUAGUUUAGAAGGCAUGUAAUAUAAUGAAA